AUGCCUCCCCUCCUCCUCCUUCCCUCCCUCCUCCUCCUCCCCCUCCUCCUCCUCCUCCUCCUCCCCCCCUCCACCACCGCCAUCCCCUACAACACCUUCGACGGCCCCGGCCACCCCGCCUGCACCAACGUCUCGCGCAUCGUCAACGCCACCUCCGUCCCGGACCUCAUCUCGCUCGUGCGCGGCGCCGCCGCCUCGGGCACGCCCGUCCGCGCCUCCGGCAAAGGCCACAUGUGGUACGACACCAUGUGCGCCGACGACCCGUCCACGCUGAUCAUCCGCACCGAAUUCGUCAACGGGAUCAGCGAGUUCGACCUGCCCGAGGGCGCCGCGAAUGGAUCCGUGCUGAUCGAGGCGGGCGUGACGUUUUUCCAGUUGGCGGAGUAUCUGCACGAGAGGGGCGCGACGGUCGGGUAUGCGCUUGUGAAUUGGAACAUUACGCUGGCGGGGAGCGUGGCGAUGGGGGCGCAUCGGAGCAGUUUGAGGGAGGAGUCGAUGGUGGCGGCGGCGGUGGAGGAGGUGCACGUGGUGGAUGGGAGGGGGGAGCUGCGGGUGGUGGAGAGGGGGGAUGGGAGCGGUGAGGAGUGGGUGGCGGCGAGUACGAGUUUGGGGCUGUUGGGCGUGAUUGCCAGGAUGAGGGUCAGGGUCUAUCCGGACUUCAAGGUGUAUGCGAGGCAGGAGACGUUGCUUGAGGACGAGGUUUUGGAUGGGGAUAUAUAUGGCAUGAUCAGCCCGUAUGCUACGGCGAACUUUUGGUGGUGGCCUUUCCUGCGCAAGUUCCACUAUCGCUACUACGACGAGGUGCCGGCAAACAUGUCAGACCAGGAGGGAUUCCAGUCGACCUUCUCCGUCACCAAAGCCGAAGCGGACACGGCGGCGGCGCUGCUCAACUCGGGCAAGUACCUGGCGUCGUCCAACAUCGCGGCGGAGACGCUCUUCUUCUCGCUGUGGUCGCCGCCCAACUUCCACGAGAAGACGACGGACACGGCGAUCCUGUCGUGGCCGGUGUACGGGUGGAACUACGACGUGCUCAUCGGCGGGCUGUACCCGGGCUACGGCACCGAGUGGGACUACGGCCUGCGCGGGCUGACGCUGGAGCUGGCGUUCCCCGUCACGCAGGCGAACGCGGUGCUGAAGCGGGUGCGCAAGGCCUUCGACGACGAGGCGGCCAAGGGCAUCGUCAUGACCAGCACGUACCGCAGCGGCAUCAACAUCAAGUUCGGCAAGCCCUACUUCGACCUCCUGGGCCAGGUCACGUACGGCACGGCCGACGGCGCCGACUGGACCAAGGGCGCCAUCAUGUUCGAUUUCCCGAGCUUCAAGCCGACGGUCGGAGACGGGUUGCGGUUCAAUGAGCCGUUCUAUCACACGCUGGCGACCACCCUGAUCGACGAGUUUCCGUGCCGGCCGCACUGGACCAAGAACACGCGCGAUGUGUUCAAACAGGCAGUCAAGAACCUCGAUCCAGACCAUCUGGCGCGCUUCAAGGCGGUGCGCGAGGACUUUGACCCGAACGGCAUUUUCAAGAGCGUUGUUGGCGAGAUCAUCGGCGUGUCGUAG